CCGACGAGCACAGCUGCUCAGCGUGUUUUCCUGAUAUAGGAGAGUGGUACCAAAUAUACAGGAACUACUACUUCGACCCCAAUUUUGGUGGCACAGCCAAAUGCGUGAUGUACAAAAGAUUCGGAGAAUACAACAACUUCAGCACGACAGCAGCUUUCAUCUAUGGGGAGCGUGGAACCGGAGGAGCUAUAUGGGGUCGGGAAGCCCUUACUUCAACGCCUUGCUAUAGCGGGAAAAACCUCUUUCAAUUUGUUCCGCUCAAUGGCUCAGGUGACGCCGUUCAAGAAAUGUACCACACAAUAUAUGCAGAAUGCGACACCUGUUUCGUUGUACGUCACCGCUACGCUGCAAACGGUUAUGGAUGCAGCUUCUGGCGCCGAGUGUCUACGUUCCACAUGCAAGCCGACUGCUGUGAAUUCAUCUACGACGAAAACUGUGGCUCCACGCCAAAGUACCAGGUGUACCUUCCGUCAUGCGCGCCAGAGCUGGGCAUGCCGGGUAUUUAGACAUUAGAGUCAUCUGGCUGUAUUGCACUUCUGU